AUGGCAACUCUUAAGGAAAAACUCAUUGCACCAGUUGCAGAAGAAGAGGCAACAGUCCCAAACAAUAAGAUCACUGUAGUGGGUGUUGGACAAGUUGGUAUGGCGUGUGCUAUCAGCAUUCUGGGAAAGUCUCUGGCUGAUGAAUAACUUGCUCUUGUGGAUGUUUUGGAAGAUAAGCUUAAAGGAGAAAUGAUGAAUCUGCAGCAUGGGAGCUUAUUUCUUCAGACGCCUAAAAUUGUGGCAGAUAAAGAUUAUUCUGUGACUGCCAAUUCUAAGAUUGUAGUGGUAACUGCAGGAGUCCGUCAGCAAGAAGGGGAGAGUCGGCUCAAUCUGGUGCAGAGAAAUGUUAAUGUCUUCAAAUUCAUUAUUCCUCAGAUCGUCAAGUACAGUCCUGAUUGCAUCAUAAUUGUGGUUUCCAACCCAGUGGACAUUCUUACAUAUGUUACCUGGAAACCAAAUGGAUUACCCAAACACCGCGUGAUUGGAAGUGGAUGUAAUCUGGAUUCUGCUAGAUUUCGCUACCUUAUGGCUGAAAAACUUGGCAUUCAUCCCAGCAGCUGCCAUGGAUGGAUUUUGGGGGAACAUGGCGACUCAAGUGUGGCUGUGUGGAGUGGCGUGAAUGUCCAGGAAUUGAAUCCAGAAAUGGGAACUGACAAUGAUAGUGAAAAUUGGAAGGAAGUGCAUAAGAUGGUGGUUGAAAGUGCCUAUGAAGUCAUCAAGCUAAAAGGAUAUACCCACUGGGCUAUUGGAUUAAGUGUGGCUGACCUUAUUGAAUCCAUGUUGAAAAAUCUAUCCAGGAUUCAUCCUGUGUCAACAAUGGUAAAGGGGAUGUAUGGCAUCGAGAAUGAAGUCUUCCUGAGCCUUCUGUGUAUCCUCAAUGCCCGAGGAUUAACCAGCGUUAUCAACCAGAAGCUAAAGGAUGAUGAAGUUGCUCAGCUCAAGAAAAGUGCAGAUACCCUGUGGGACAUCCAGAAGGACCUAAAAGACCUGUGACUACUGGGCUCUAGGCUAUAGAAAUUUAAAAACUACAAUGUUAUUAACUCUGAGCCUUUAGUUUUCAUCCGUGUACAUGGAUCGCAGUUUGCUUUGAUCUUCUUCAAUAUGUGAAUUUGGGCUCACAGAAUCAAAGCCUAUGCUUGGUUUAAUGCUUGCAAUAUGAGCUCUUGAACAAAUAAAAUUAACUAUUGUAGUGUGAAAAAAAAAAAAAA